AUGACUGCCUCAACAAUCCGCUCGGGGAGCAUCACCCCGAUAUCUUCCACCCCAGCCGACUCCGAAGGCCAGUCGCUGCUCAAGCUCGCUCCAUCACCUCAGCAGCGCACUCCCUUGCCAGCCUUCCAGCUCUUCCUUCUCUGCAUUGUUCGCCUAGCCGAGCCUGUCGCGUCUAGCCAGAUCUUCCCGUAUAUCAAUGACCUGUGUGUGCAUUUUGGAUAUGUGGCGAGCGAAGACGAGGUUGGGUUCAUAUCUGGGCUCAUCGAUUCCUUAUUCGCCUUCGUCCAGUUGUUCACCGUCAUGCACUGGGGCCGGCUCUCUGAUCGCAUUGGGCGCAAACCGGUUAUCUUACUCGGCCUGUGCGGCGUCACGCUCGCCACGCUUACGUUCGGACUCUCGCGUAGCUUGUGGCUCACCAUCCUCGCUCGCUGUUUGGCGGGCGGGCUCUCGGGGAACGGAGCUGUCAUCCAGACGAUGAUCAGCGAGAUGACAGAUGAGACGAACGAGGCCCGCGCUUUCCCCCUAUAUAGCUUGAUGUGGGCAGUUGGAUGUAUUGUUGGCCCCUCUAUUGGCGGUACGCUCUCCCGGCCAGCGGACAACUUCCCCAGCAUAUUCGGUGGUGUGCCGUUCUGGGAGGAAUACCCCUAUUUCCUGCCGUGUCUGUGCAGCGCAUGCAUCACGGCAGUGUCCUUCUUUACGGCCUGUUUCCUUAAGGAGACCCUCCCAAGUAAAGCUCGUGAUACUACCCUUCCGCAAGCGGUCCAAGUUUCGUACGGCACCCUCGCACCCGAGCCUGAAACCGAGUACCCACCUCCCUCCGCUCCGACCCAACUGCAGAUCCUACGUUCCCGGGCCAUCCCCACCAUCUUCCUCACCGCAUUCAUGAUGAUGUUCACGAAUCAAUCCUGGGACAUCGUAUUCAUCCUAUACGCUUACACCUCGGUCCGCUCCGGUGGGCUGAGCAUGAGCAACCCGCAAAUCGGGUUCUGUCUUGCUGGUGCUGGAGCAGUAGGUGCAAGCAUCCAGCUCUGGCUCUUUCCCCGCGUGGUCAGGAAGUUUGGCGUGCCGGUAUACCCUUGGCUAGUCGCGCUUGUCAUUCCGAUGUUCAUUGGCGCCCCUAUCCUGAAUGGAUUCGCAAGGGCCGUUGGAAGUGGAGCAGGCGGAAGAGGCGACAUUAUGCCUGGUGUCACUUAUGCAGGCGUUGCGAUCCUCCUCUUCAUCGGCAGGUUGGCAGCCAUGGUCUUCCCUCUUAACAUGAUCCUUGUGAAGCGCUCCGCGCCGUCCAAGCUUGCUAUGGGUGCCACAUAUGGUAUGUCCCAGAUGGUCACUGCUUCUGCGCGCGCCGUCUCUCCCUGGUUCGUAUCUUCCCUUUUCGCAUUCUCGAUCGAGCGCAACAUCCUGGGAGGUAAUUUGAUUUGGCUCGUCAUGUGCUGCAUUGGCUUGGUCGCGGUGUUGCAGAGCUUGAAAGUGGAUCGGGUGCUCAAGGAUGCCGCGAGAGAGAGGGGAGAGCAGACACCUACUUCGGUGGACUGCUAGAUUG